CUUAGCUUUUAUCUUCAUCUCUGUAACCUCCAUUCUCCAAUUAUUUCUCCUUCUUCUAAAUCUAAUCCUCUGUCUCUCUCUGUUUCUUUCUCUUUGUUUUUUCUCUAAAAAUUUUUCUCAUUAAACUCAUCAAUCAAUCUUCUUUCUUCUUUACUCAAAAACCCAUUUUGACACAUUAUUGAAUUCUCAGAUUCUUAAUCAUGGCGCUGGAAACAUGGUUGAAUAAGGUGAAGAAAACGAUAGCACACAGCUUUGUUACAGUAAGAUCAGGGGGUGCGCCACGUGCAAAGACGGCGGUGAUCAAGAAAUCAAGUGUUGGGGUUUUAGCAUUUGAGAUCUCUGGAUUGAUGUCAAAGUUACUCCAUUUAUGGCAAUUUUUAUCUGAGAAAAAUAUGAUAAGAAUUCGUAAUGAGUCAAUAUGCAUAGAAGGUGUUCGUAAAAUUGUCUCAAACGAUGAUGCUUUUCUUUUAGGCCUUGCUUGUGCGGAGAUUGUGGAGAAUUUAAGGCUGGUUGCGAAAUCUUUAUCAAGAAUCAGUAAGAGAUGUGAAGAUUCACAUCUCAGAAGCUUUGAUCGAUUCUUUACUGAAUUCGCGAAUACGGGUCGUGAUCCUUAUAAUUGGGUUCUUAGUUUGAAGGAUAUGGAGUUAAAAAUCAAGAAAAUGGAUCAGUUUGUCACUACAACUGCUCUGCUUCAUCGACAAAUGGAUGAGCUUUCAGUACUUGAGAAUAGUUUAAAGAAAGCUUCGAAUUCGAAUUCGAAUUCCCAUUUCAAAGAUUCUGACAUUUCAAUCAAAGAACAGAAGAUACUUGAGCUACGACAGAAGUAUCUGUGGCAGAAACAAGAAGUUAAGUAUCUAAAAGAGCGAUCUUUAUGGUGUCGUAGCUUUGAUACAGUUGCAUCAUUGUUAGCUCGAUCCAUUUUCACUACACUAGCAAGGAUCAAGCUUGUUUUUGGUAUCAAUCAUGGAUAUCCAAAUUCACUCCCACGUAGUCUCUCUGCUUCAGCCACUGUCUAUCCUUCAGAAAAUCACAACACAUGCAAUUUCGUCUCUGGUCCAUUGAUGAACAAUCCUCCCCCUAUACUCAAAGUCUCAGAUCAUGAAUUUUUCGAAUCAAAUACUAAGCUACUUAAACCACCAACGACUACUUUAGGCGCGGCUGCACUUGCUCUACAUUAUGCUAAUUUGAUCAUUGUUAUGGAAAAAAUGAUAAGAUCACCACAACUAGUUGGAGUUGAUGCUAGAGAUGAUUUAUACUCCAUGUUACCAAAUAGCGUUCGAUCAUCAUUAAGAUCAAGACUAAAAGGAGUUGGAUUUUCGGCUAGUGAUCCAGUUCUGGCUGGUGAAUGGAAAGAUGCCCUACAAAAGAUUUUAGGAUGGUUGUCACCUUUGGCACAUAACAUGAUCAAAUGGCAAAGUGAAAGGAGCUUUGAACAACAAAACUUAGUUCCAAAAACUAAUGUACUCUUGCUGCAAACUUUGUAUUUUGCAAAUCAAGAAAAGACUGAAGCUGCCAUAACAGAGCUAUUAGUUGGUCUAAACUACAUUUGGAGGUUUGAAAGAGAAAUGAAUGCUAAGGCCUUGUUUGAGUGUACCAACUUCAACAACUUCUUGAAUUUGAAGCAUUCAAGUAAUUAGUCUGCUCUUGUUUGUUCUAAGUUCUCUUUGUUUUAAUUAAUAGAUUAUAUAAUUUGAAGGAUUGUUAGAUGGAAGGUAUGUUUUGUUUUUAACACAAAUCUGUAUAUUGUAUCAUAUCAAUUGUAGACUAUUACUAUAAGAUUUGAGUCAAAAUUUUCAAAGUUCAUUGAGA